AGCUUACCUCUCCGAUCAAUUCCACAAAUCACCUCUCCCCAAUCGCCCAACACCCGCCGAUCACCAUGCGCUUCUUCACCAUCGCGUCUGCCGCUCUCACUGUCUCCCUCGCCGCUUUCACUGUCGCUGCCCCCGUGGCAGAGACCGAAGCCCAAGUGGCUGCUGCCCAGCAGUCUAACGAGUCAAUCUUGUCCCUCUGGACCGCCGCGUUCACCAAGAUCACCCCACAGGCUCAGUCUUUCACGUCCCUCAACUCCAGCACCGCGACGACGGAAACUAUCCUGCCCAAGCUCCAGAGCAUCCAGAAGUCUCUUCAGGCCCUCCACACUGGCGUUACAGGCCUUCAGAACUCCGGAGCUCCCCUGAGCCAGCUCCUCUCGUCCGCCGACGGUUCUUCUCAGCUGAGCGUUCCCGAGCUCGCCUCGCAUUUGGCCGGAGACAUAUCUACUCUCGUCAACGGGCUCGGCGUUGCCCAUGGCUCGGGCGAUGUACCGCUGAGCACUGCUCUUGGUUCUCUCUUGUUAUCCGUUGGGUCUCCUGCUCUCUUCUGUCCUCUCGAUUGUCCUUGGGCUCGUCGGCGGCCUCCUGGUCUCCCUCACGCCCCUCCUCCAAGGUCUCGGUGGCACCCUCGGGCUGCUGGGCCUCAACGUUCUCGGCACCCUUCUCCAACUCUAAUCAACCGUCAAGGGGAAUCAAAGGCUCACGAAGAUGCCUUUUCCAGACAUAGACUUUCUUGUUUUUCUUUAAUCUUUCUACAGAUCUGGUCGUUCGGUCGUUGCCAUUGGAUUGAGUCAUGGGCUCGCUUUCUUGCUUUUAAUGCGCUUUGGUAUACUUAGAAUACGAAUUUGCUAUACCUUCAAUGUGUCCUCAUGUUGUAGUACGUUUAGCAGAUGACGAAUAGAGUUCUUUAUGAACAUCCAGCCCAUAUCAUGCAAUAGUUCUUCUGAAAUGUGCCAGUCUUGCA